UUCAGAUUAGUUUUGUGGAAGAAAGACGAAAAAUAACCCCUUUUUUGUGGGUGAAAUUGCAACUUUGGAGCAUCGACUGUGGUCAGGUGUAAAGCAGAGAAGGAAGUAAUUCAGGAAAGAUGCAGAAGCUAGGCGAAUUCAAGCUGCCUAACUUCUUUAAUUAUCCACCCUACUUCACUUUGCAGCCUGUGAGGGAAACUAGAGAGAAGCAGAUACAACUAUGGAAAGAGCUCAUAAUUGAUUUCUGUCGAACCCAAAAGAUCUUUGUAAUUGCGCUGGAGGUAGACUUUCCAUUGUUCAGUAAUGCUGCUAUUGAAAGAUCUCUGAGUCAUGAAGCUAGGGAGGCAUUUCUCUCGGCUUUGGUUUCUGAUGGUCGUGCAGAAUGGAUGGAUAAAGGUCAUAGAAAAUGCCUAGUCCUAUGGCAUCGUAUUCAAGACUGGGCAGACUUGAUUGUAAACUUUGUGAAGGAGAAUGGGCUGGAAGACAGUGUUAUGACAGUUGAAGAAAUACGUUCUGGGGUGGAGUCCCGUGGAACAGAGCUUCAUGGAAUAGACCGUACAGUUCUUAUGCGAGCUUUGAAGCUGCUUGAACAUAAAGGGAAGCUUGCAAUAUUUAAGGGAACUUCAGCUGAUGAUGAAGGUGUCAAAUUUUCUCUGUAAACCACCUUGGUAGACUAUAUUUAUGUGUACAAUGAUGGAGAAAGUUCGUAUCUACAAGCACGCGUAUGAAUUACUUUAUGGAGUGAAACUGGAGUAAAAUGGUUUCAUGUUAUGAUACAGAUACCUUACUGGACUAUUUUAAUUCCAGGUAGAAUGAAACAUUGAGUUCUUACUUGA